CUUCUCCUCCCUCUCUCUCUCUCUCUCCCCGAUACAAGACGAUGGAUGGUGUUACCGGCGGAGACUCAAAAACCGGCGAUCCCACGACGGCGCCGCUCCGAAACCCUCAUCCAGCGACGCUUCUCAACCCCAAUUCCCUACCGCCUCCUUUCCUCAGCAAGACGUAUGACAUGGUGGAAGAUCCGGCGAGCGACGCGAUCGUCUCGUGGAGCCCGGCGAACAACAGCUUCGUCGUGUGGGACCCGCCGGAGUUUUCUCGCUCCCUCCUCCCCAAAUACUUCAAACACAACAAUUUCUCCAGCUUCGUUCGUCAGUUGAACACCUAUGGUUUCAGGAAAGUGGAUCCAGAUCGGUGGGAGUUUGCGAACGAAGGUUUCUUGAGAGGUCAAAAGCAUCUCUUGAAGAGGAUAAGCCGGAGGAAAUCUACUCAGGGACAUGGUAGUAGUAGUGAUAGUAGUAAGCCACAGUCUCAUCAGGGACAAGGCUCAAUGGCUGCGUUAUCUUCAUGUGUUGAAGUUGGGAAGUUUGGGUUAGAGGAAGAGGUUGAGCAGCUUAAGAGAGACAAGAACGUGUUGAUGCAGGAGUUAGUGAAGCUACGCCAGCAGCAACAAUCAACGGACAGCAAGCUUCAGUCUAUGGUGAAGAGUCUUCAGACUAUGGAGCAGAGGCAACAGCAGAUCAUGUCUUUCCUUGCUAAAGCUGUUCAGAAUCCGACUUUCCUCUCGCAGUUCAUACAGAAGCAGCAGAGUGAUGGUGGUGGUAAUAUGCAUGUGACUGAGGCUAGUAAGAAGCGGAGACUCACAGAGGAUGGUGGUAACGCUUCUGCUGCUGAUGGACAGAUUGUUAAGUAUCAGCCUAUUAGAAGCGAUUCGAUAUGGAACAUGAUGAACACUGAUGAGAAGUUACCGUUUCUUGAUGGGUUCUCGUCGCCAAAGGAGGAUUCUGGAGUCACUUUGCAAGAUAGGGUAUUGCUUCCCACAACUUCAGGACAAUCACAAGCAUACGCACCCGAACCCUCGAGCCAGCCUUUAUCCUAUUUACCCUCUGCUUCAACUUGCUUACCUGAUACUGUAAUGCCAAUGUUUCCUCCCAUGCCACAUGAGAGCAUCAAUGACUCCUCUACAGAGAAGGAUGUUUCAGAGGCAUUCAUAUCUCCGAGCCGGUUCCUUGACGGUGAUUCAGUACCGAAUCAGCUCGAGGGAUUACCUCAAGACCUUGAUAUUGAUGAACUGAUGAGUAACUGUGAUAUCUUUGAAGAGUAUCUGGCACAAAGCCCAGUUUUUGGAGAUGAGACGACACUGGAGAGCAGCAACGCAAAUGGUGAGAAUGUGGAUAAGCUUAUAGAGGAGCUGGGUCCUCUCACUUCAGAGAGAGAGCAACUGUGAAGGAUUAUGUUUUAGUGUCAAAAUUGUAUAGUCUUUCUCUACUAACUUGAUGGUUAUUGACUAAAAGGUUUUUUUCUUAUUAAGUCUAGUUUGUGUAGAAAUCUUCAUUUACGUAAUAGAAAGUAAACAGAACUUUGUGGAUAUAUAUGAUACUGAUGGAAGCAAUGCUACAGCAACCUCUUGCUGUUCUUGUAGAAGUUUUCUUCCUUCAGCUGCUUGUUAUCUAAAUCAAGG